AUGACGACAGGCAGACGGACAGACGGCAGGACGGAUACACGGGUGGGGGCUGUGCUAGGCGGCUCGGCGGCAGGCUGGUGGAAGAUGUCGUCAGGAGCCGGCGGUAGGGGUGGAAGGCGGCUCAGGGGGACAGCAGGCAGCGGCGGUGGAGGAGGGAGAGGAGGGGCGGGAGAGGCAGAGGAAGGCCCCGUGGGGAUCCCGUUCCCUGAGCACAGCGCAGACAUCCUGGGCAGCCUGAACAAGCAGCGGCUCAGCGGCCUGCUGUGCGACGUGCUCCUGGUUGCCGAGGACCGGGAGUUCCCGGCUCACCGCUCCGUCCUGGCGUCCUGCAGCUCCUACUUCCACAAGCUCUUCACUUCAGGGGCCGCCGCCGACCAACAGAACAUCUACAACAUCGACUUUGUUGCGGCAGAGGCUCUGGGAGCGUUGCUGGACUUUGCCUACACAGCUACAUUGACAGUCAGUCACAGCAGUGUGGCUGAUAUCCUUGCUGCUGCACGCCUCCUGGAAGUCCCACCUGUCCAGGACGUCUGUACACACCUGCUGGACACCAAAGUGCUCUCCCCGCCGGCGGGCAGUGAGCGAAGAGAAGAAGAUGAAGAUGAGGAGGGGAAGGGCAGAGGAGGCAGGGAGCAGGGGAACCGGGUGCGUGCCCGGGAGUACCUGGAGUACUUCCAGAAAGGGCCGCACUGGAGCAGCAGCUGCAGCACACCAGAGCUCAGGGACCUGCCCACGCACCUGCACUUUAUCCACGGCAACGGUGGGGCCCCUAGCAACGGGGCUCCCGCUGGCCCCGGUGAGUACUACUCCCCCCUGGCCAUCGCCUUGGCCCAGGCCCCCACACAGGAGCCGGAUGAUGAUGACGAGGACGAUGAGGAAGAUGAGGACGGGGAGGCGGUGCAUGGGAACGGAGCGAGCCCGGGGUCAUCUUACUACCCAUCAUCGCAAAAUGGGCACUUCUACCUCCCCCCUGAGUCCAGGCUGGGGCAGGACACGGAGAUGGAAGAUGGAGGCAGGGAGGCGACUGCGAGGGAGAGGGGUUCGGCCAGUGCCCUCCUGCAGCAGAUGAUGGACUCCAUCGAGAGGCAGAAGGAGCGUGCAACAACCGGGGAGGAACAGGGAGAUGGGGAUGACCCCGACAUGGAAUUUUACUUGAAUUAUUUUAACAGCACGCAGAACGAGGAUCCAGCUUCUGCUGCCGUGACACAGGGAGUGCCGCCGCUCUGGUUAUCACGGGGCAGAACAGGCCCAGACAGAGGAGGAGGAGGAGAGAGGGGGGUGGGAGAGAGAGCCAGCGGGGGUGGAGGAGGAGAAAGAGGAGGAGGAGGUGGAGGAGGAGGAGGUGGAGGCGAGAGGAAGAUGCGCUCUAAGGCCUUCCAGAAAUGCCCCAUAUGCUCCAAGGUCAUUCAAGGAGCAGGCAAGCUACCCCGCCACAUCCGAACACACACGGGAGAGAAACCUUAUGAAUGCGCCAUCUGCAAAGUGCGCUUUACCAGGCAGGACAAGCUCAAGGUUCAUAUGCGGAAGCAUACAGGAGAGAAGCCUUACCUUUGUACGCAAUGUGGAGCUGCCUUUGCUCACAACUACGACCUGAAGAACCACAUGCGUGUACACACCGGCCUGCGCCCCUAUCAGUGCUCAAGCUGCUUUAAGACUUUCGUUCGCUCGGAUCACCUGCACCGCCACCUCAAGAAGGACGGCUGCAACGGCAUCCCCUCUCGUCGAGGCCGAAAGCCUCGGGUGCGAGAGCCAGGGCUCCUCGAUGCCCCGCUGGCCCUGCUGAGCCCCGGCUCCGACACGGGCCCCGGGCCUCGUACCAUCAGGGGACGGCGGCGCUCGGAGGCAUCCUCAGCAGCAGAGGUGGAGGGGGCUGCUGGAGCCCAUGCACACAGUCCUCAGCUGCAGGAGUUUGCGGGGGAGGCAGGGCCCUGAGAAUGCAGGGGCGACAAGGACACUGCUGGACACCAUAGUCACUCUGCACCGCCUGUGAGACAGGCCAGUGAACACAGAGGAGAAGAAACACACAAAGGCAAACUUUUAAAAAAAACAACAACUAACUAUUCCUCUAUAAACCAAAUCAGGGUGUCACAAAAAAUCUAAUCUUUAUAUUUCUUUCUCCUUUUACUUUAGGAAAUGGAGUAGACUUGCAAGCACUUGAGUCGGUUUAUCUGUUAAAAGAGCAAAGAACGCUUCAAAUCAUGCACCCAUGACGUCCACUUUCUGGGCCAUUUCUUUCUUUAUAAUAUUAGGGGUUUUAUACAUUGGCAUAUGUGCUUAGGCAAAUGUAUGAUAGAUACAAAGAAACUCGGAGCAACUAUGCAGUUGAUUUAGAUUUUUAUUGGUUUUGUCCUCACAGCCUUCAAGCUCUAAGCAAGGUGUCUAUCAAGCAUCUUCUGGCUGCUGUACGGGUGAAGCGAGGACAAAUCCUCCCAGUGAAAACAACUCUUUUUCUAUUCUUUUGCAGGUCUGAAAUGUACAGUUACCAUAGAAACAACAUUGCCACAAUAUGGCAUAUGCAAGGAAAACUCACCACAAUUUUGAUGCAACAGUUUUUUCCUCUCUAAAUGUUCCAGAAAGAAUCAGACGAGGGUUUGAUUGAAGUGUUACUUACUCUAUAAAAUGCGUCUAUGGUUUGUCUUAUUGAGAAACAAAUUCACGUCGAGUCAAAUCCACUUUAACGGGGGCUCUUCUCUUGCAGGACUCGGGAAUAUGAGGGGUGGAGGGUUUGUGUUUUUAAAGCACUACCAUCGUCAAUGUACCUGUUGGCUUGACUACGUUGCCUCUUAUCCCUCACAACCCUGCAAUUUCAGCAUUUCUGUUUUCUCUUUUUUUUGAUUUUGUCUUAAUUUUUUUUUGUCGUUGUUCCUUUUUGUUGACUGCUUCGGGUACUUGACACUUUAUAAUUGUAUACAUGUAUAUACAGCAGGUGGUGAUAUGACAUUAGUCCCCUCUUAAUGCUGAGGUGUACUUACCAAUCGGGUUUUUCCUCUUAGGCUUGAUGUCAUAUUUCUCACAGAGUGAAGCUUGUGGGUGAACGGGAAAAAAAAACCUGUAUGAAUGUUUGAUGAAAAAAAAAAAGAAACAUUGAAUCACCCAUUUUGUCCUAAACUUAACACUUAACUUGUAUAG